AGGAGCCACAACCUGUCCUGGCUGAUUUAGGGGAUUGUGUGCAUUAUAUAAGACUGAAGCCUGUCCACUCUUACCUGCAGACCUGCUCCGUAUCUACUAAACAACAAGCUUCCUCUUUCGUGACUUGUUCAGACAAACACUGCAGCAAUGCCUCUUCCUGGUGCAUGCCUGAACAUUAUGGAAGCUCGUCACAAGCAGAAGGGAUAUGGGAGCAUCUCCAACCCUGAGAGGUUCUUUAACCAAGACUUCAAGAACCUGAAGCAGUACUGUCUAAUCAAAGGAGUAAGGUACCUCGAUGACAUGUUCCCUCCUGAUGCAAAGUCUAUUGGCCAGGGGAUACUUAAGCCCUCUGAACUGGCCCACGUGAUGUGGCUAAGACCUGCCCAAAUUGCUCCUGAUGCUGAAUUUGUGGUUGAUGGCUACUCCAGAUUUGACUUUGGUCAAGGUGUACUUGGAAACUGCUGGUUUCUUGCAUCAAUCGGCGCGCUGACUUUCCAGAAUCACAUCUUUCAACAAGUUGUUCCCCUCGACCAAAAAAUCAAAGAGAAUUACUGUGGCAUUUUUCACUUCAGGUUCUGGAGAUUCGGGCGGUGGGUGGACGUCGUCAUUGAUGACAAGUUGCCGACGAUCAAUGGCAGACUAAUCUUUGUUCACUCCAAAGAUCCAAAUGAGUUCUGGCCUGCUCUGCUGGAGAAAGCUUAUGCCAAGGUUUGUGGUUCCUACACCGACAUGACUUCUGGAACUCCUUCAGAGGCUAUGAUGGACUUCACCGGUGGCGUCCACGUGUGCGUCCAGCUGUCGGAUACCAGUUCAGAUGUGUGGGGGCUGAUAUGCAGAGCUGGCAAAUCCAACACAUUGAUGGGCUGUGGUACACCUCAAGGGGAAACAUCUGCUAACACAGUUUUGCCAAAUGGACUGGUCCAAGGGCACGCCUACACUGUGACAGGGGUUAAAGAGCUUAUUAGCCAAGGAAAAGUUGUGAAGCUGAUCCGUUUGUGGAACCCCUGGGGUAAAGGAGAGUGGGUAGGAGACUGGAGUGAUCGGUCCCCCAUGUGGGACACUGUGAGUUCUCAAGACCGCCAAAUGUGCCUUUCAGUGGCCGAUGAUGGAGAGUUUUGGAUGGCAAUUGAAGAUUUCUGUAAGUUCUACACAGAUCUUGACAUCUGUGGCCUGAAACCAGACUUCAUAGAUGGAAAAUCCUCUGCUCAGUGGAAGACCUCUGUGUACGAGGGUCGGUGGGUUGCUGGAACCACUGCUGGAGGCUGCAUAAAUAACAGAGACACUUUCUGGACAAAUCCACAGUAUCGAAUUAAGGUCGUAGGUGAAAACUCAGAGACCAAUGAGAAAAACAUCCUAGUGUCUCUCAUGCAAAAGCCUGACAAGAGGAACAGACGCCUGGUGCAGAACCUCCACAUUGGCUUUGCUGUAUAUUUGGUGACCGAAGAUUACAAAACGCAAAGUGGGAAGUUUCCAGCAAUGUUCUUCAACACCCAUCUGCCUGUUGCUCGGAGUGAUAAAUACAUGAAUGCCCGUGAGGUGAUAGAGUUCCUUAUGCUGAAGCCUGGUGAAUACCUGAUUGUGCCAUCCACCUUCAAACCCAAUGAGACAGCCUCCUUCAUCCUCACCAUCCACUCAAGAGAAGAGACAUGUUGCUAUGAGAAUUCAAAUGCAAAUGAGCAGAAAUAUGAGCCAGUUGAAAAGGUCACAAAAGUAAAAAACCAUCAGGACGAUGAAAACAAGAAAACAUUCUUCCGUCAAUACUCUGACAAGUAUGAAGAAGUGGAUGCUGAGCAGCUCCAGAGGGUUCUAAAUGAAAACAUCCUGAAAGGAGACAUGAAAUCUGGAGGGUUCAGCCUUGAUGCCUGUCGCAGCAUGGUGGCUCUAAUGGAUACGUCAAUCACAGGCAAACUAAACAGUGAGGAAUUCGUCCGUCUGUGGAACAAGGUCACUAAAUACAAGGAGACUUUCUUCCUCACCGACGUUUCAAAAACAGGAACGCUGUCACUGAGUGAGCUGAGGAAUGCAUUUGUAGCUUCAGGAAUGAAGGUUGCAGAUGACAUGCUCAGUCUGAUGGCUCUGCGCUAUGGCGCCUCCUCUGGACACAUGACACUGGAGUGCUUCAUCAGUCUCAUGAUUCGCUUGGACUGCAUGAAGAAAAUCUUCAAACAGUUGUCUGAUGGAAAAUCCAUUAAUCUCAAGGAGUCAGAGUGGAUGUACGUUUCCAUGUACACUUAAGCCACCUGAAAGACAGAUGCACGUUUCAUCUGGAAAGCACAAGAAGAUAUUUCAAAAGCUUGUUUUCUGUGAAUUAGCUAUAACACUUUAUUACUUUGAAACAACUAAACACAAUAAUGUGAAACUAUAACAAACACUAUCAUAUAAAGCUGUAAACCUUAUGCCUCUUUGCAUAUUAUGUCAUGCAUAUUAUAUCAAUGACUGAAUAACUGCAUUUUUUUGUGAAUAGUACUGCAAACUUGUCAAUCUGUGUUUUAUAAUAGAAACAAAAUACAGAUGUUAGUGAAUAGACUGUGCACGUUAGCAUAUGCUACUUCCGGUGCGGAAACUCCUGUGGGGAGCUUUGUUUCCGGUGUCCUAUUCGCGCCUUGUUUACGGUCCAAAACAAGUUAAGCAAAUGAAUGAAUCGAGCGGCAAUUUACAUUUUUAUAGAUGUCUUGGGCAUUUACCCAAUAUAUCUGUAAAUGAUGUUCAUCGACUUGUCGAUAUUUUUUUCCCCGCACCUCAGAGCAAAAGAGAAAAGGGAUUCAAAUUUUAUAUUUCUCAGUAUCUGUAAACAGCGGUCCCUCGUUUAUCGCGGGUGGCAUGUUCUAAAAAUAACCAGCGAUAGGUGAAAUUAAGUAGCCAGUUUUAUUUUUUGACAGUGCAAAACGUUUCGUCGAUAUCGUCGACAUACAGUACUGCACUUCAGAGUCACACUGCUAGCGAUCGAUGCAGCGAUUCUGUACUGUACAGGAGAGACGUCACGGAGGAGAUCGUCUGCAGCGAUCAGGACACAGGACACAAUGUGGUGUUAAAAAAAAAAAGCAUGCAAACUUGCACUAAAAAAUCUGCGAAACAGCGAGGUGAAAGGUGAACCGCGUUAUAGCGAGGGACCACUGUAGGUAAGUCACAACAUACCCUUCAUAAAUACUAAUGUAUAGAAACCCUUACCAGCAAUCAUUCAUUUUUUGUGCGGCUUUUUUUCACGGUUUGUUAACAUGCUGUGGAGGUGUGUACUUGACUAGCUGAUAUGGACAUAACGGGGGAAACAUCUGGUUUGACUGUUGUUCACCUGUAGUUUGAAUGCUGAACAUUUGCCUGUUUAAAGAAUAAGACCAGUCACUAUACAGAGAUGUGCUUCUGAAUGUGGACGAUGUGUCUUCUGAUUUUGUAAUGCAGUUCUGCUUGUGUUGAGUGAUGUAAACAACUGAUCGAUCUAAACUCUUUAAACGUCAAAAUUGAUCAUUAGAUUUUUUAUGACACAACAGUGGUGAGUGUUCCCACCUUCUGCUCUUUGUAACUUAAUGCGAUCUUUCCGUUUUCGAGUUUUGGACAUGAUUUUGGAGUAUAUCUUCGCAGUAGCGAUUGACCGCAAAGUAAAGCUACCGGAAAUGUACAACCCCACAUCCGAUCUCAAACCAGGAAGUUAGCAUUUUCUCGUGCAACGGGGACUAUUGUAUCAGUCAAAAAUGAAUGAAGUGGAUGGGAAAUUAAACUGAUAAGGACAAAAACUAGGAAAAUGGAAAUUCAAAGGAAGAAAAUGUCAAAGUUAACUAGUACUUAACUAGUACAUUUGUUUUUGUAUGUAGUUUUCUAUAUCAGCUGCUUUUUAAAAUUCAUUUUAUAUUGGGGAAAGGAAGUAGCAAACUUCAGUGGGUCAGUUUCAAUCCUAAGCUAAUAGUGAGAGGUUGCGUUCUCCUUCUUUGAAUAAAGCAUUUCCUUUGUGAUCUUCA